UCGCAGAAGAAGGACAUUCAUGCGAUAAGGAAUUGAUCACAUUAAUAACCUUUAUUAUCUCUGAGUAAUCAUUGUCUUUAUUUUUAAACCUAACUUCCUCAUAUCAAUGUUUACUUGGGCCUUAUAUGCUUAAAUCUUCUCUGCAUUGAUUUGAAUAUCCAGUCUUGGUUUAUGUUUCAUCCUUCUGAUCAAUUUGAUUGAUCUAGUAAGAAAAUCACCUUGAUUUCAUUAAGUUGCCUAUCACUUCGUGAUAUUUAAGUUCAAUUCCAAGCCGAGAAUGAAAACAAAGGAAAUAAAUAUAGUCACAUGAUAGGCUUUUAAUGUUUUCAUACCAACUUGUACAUUGUAAACAUUUCACUCGCCAUCGGAUCCUUUUUUUAAUUGUUAUCAGUUUUGUUGUUUGAACCUCAAUUACUUGAAUUUAAAUUGUGAUUGUAGGAAUUUAUUGUUUUUUUAACUUGUGUUCCUUUGAAAAAUCCGCUUCUAUUUAUAUUUGUUGCGACGUAUUCUUAUUUACAUUUUAUGGUGCAAAUCCUUAUUCACUUUUAGAUGAAGCUCUGGUCUUGGCUAAGAUCUUCAUGGUUUCCAACAAUGCUUCCUUCGAAUAAUCAAAGAGGUCUUUCCAAUAAAAAAGACGGAGAUACUGAUGAAUCCUCUUGGGAAGAUGACUACGACCAGCAUUACUUAUCAAAUCUACCUUUUGUCUAUCAUGAAGUAAAAUGUAAAAGUGAAUCCAAACCUCGCCCUAGAAGUGGACAUCGUAUAAUUACUGAUUCUCAUGGUAAUAUCUAUUGUCUUGGAGGUUAUAACCCGGAGGGACUUCAACGAGAUGAUAGUCCAAAUGCUUUAUUCAAAGAGCUUUGGAAAUUCAAUAUGAGUUCUCUGAAAUGGACCAAAAUAAAGAUGAAUGGUUCACCACCUCAAUUAUUAUGCUCUUUUGCUGCCCUUUGUAUCGAUGAUCUAUUGUUUGUUCAAGGUGGCACAGGUGUCCCUUUCGGCCGUAAUGGAUCAAAUAGAUUGUAUGUCUGCCAAUUGUCCACUGGAUUUUGGAAAAAGUAUCGAUUAAAAGCAGACAAUGAUGAUAUACCACCCAAACAAUAUGGACAAGCUUUAGCAUUUGAUCCAGAUGAGCUAAUCUUGUACUCUGUUGGUGGUACAUGUGGCCAUAGUUAUAAUUUAGGUGUUACUCGAAUCAACCUUAGAGACAAUACUGCUGAGCUGCUCUAUCCAUACAAUAAUUUCGAUGGACCUGGUAGUUAUCGCCAUGAAAUAGCUCUUCACAAUAACAGAAUUUAUUUAUUUGGUGGUGGAACAUCCACUUAUAAUAUUGGUUUUGAAGAGCUGUUUUAUUUUGACCUUUCCAGUAAAUUAUGGAAAACUAUUAAAACAUUUCCUGACUCAACUCAUGGUCACCCCACUGCUCGAAAGUUUCAUGGUUUGGUUACGCUCGAUGAGCAAAUUUAUAUGAUUGGAGGAGCUUCGCACUUACCAAACGGUCUUGUCGCAUUAGAUGAUUUAUGGAGGUUUAAUCUCAACUCGCUUGAAUGGACUUUCAUUACAAAAAUACCAAAACCUGUUUAUUUUCAUUCAGCAACAUUAUCAUCCUCUGGUCUAAUGACAGUGUUUGGAGGCGUAGAAGCUUCUACCACAGGACGAUCAUUGCGUACUCAACGAACAGACGCCCUUUACACAAUGUGGCUUAAAGUUCCUUCAUUAGGAGAAAUGGCGUGGAUCGCAUUUCUAAACAAUUUUCCUGAUGUCACUAAAAUACCUUCUUCUAGAUUAUUAGAAAUUGGAGUUCCACCUUCCUAUAUUGCCCGAUUAAAUGACUAAACUCUGCCUAAUCAAGUAACAAAUCAUGUGUCAUCAAAAAUCUAUCCAACCAAAUGAACUGCAGGUUUAUUUGCUUUUUGGAUAAACUGAUCAAUUGCCGGUGUGAUACUUUUGUACACUUCUGUUUAUACAUCAUCUUUAAUUAAAUUGUCCUCAGUCAAAGUACAAUGUUUCAAUGUAAUCACUUGGAUAUUUUAUGUAUAUUAACCUGUACACUAAGAUAUCUUCAAUGAAUAAUCACCGAAUAACAUAAUGACUGAUUGUAUGAAAACCAUAA